AUGCGUGAAGAAUUCACUCGCCAUGAAAAAUUAUCCUCCAAAGAACUUUCAGCAAUUGACGUUGAAGUCGGAAAGCACUACAAGCCCAAUGACUUUGGAGACAGGGUAGCCCAGCGUUUUAUCAAGAUGCUCCGUACUUUACCCGAUACAUACUUUGGAAGAGAUCAUUACAUGAGAGCAGUGAUGUUGGAAACCAUUGCAGCAGUCCCUGGUAUGGUCGGUGGUAUGCUCCGUCAUAUGAAAUCUUUGAGAAACAUGUCUGAAGAUCACGGGUGGAUCAUUCAUUUACUCCACGAGGCUGAGAAUGAGCGUAUGCAUUUGAUGACAUGGAUGAAGUGUCUCCAACCUAGUCUAGCCAACCGUCUCCUUGUUCUUGGUGCCCAGGGUGUGUUCUUCAAUGCCUACUUCUGGCUUUACGUAUUUUCACCAAGAAUCGCCCAUCGUAUGUGUGGCUAUCUUGAAGAAGAAGCCGUAAUCUCUUACACCCACUUCUUGGAUGACCUUGACGCCGGCUUGAUCUCCAAUGGCCCCGCCCCUCCUAUCGCUAUUGAUUAUUACAACCUCCAGCCUGGAGCUUCCGUUCGUGACACUGUCUUGGCCAUUCGUGCAGACGAGGCACUUCAUCGAGACGCAAACCACCACUUUGCGGAUCGUAUUGCAGCACAUCGUGAGAACCUCUUAGCUGAUGUACAAGCUAAGGCCUAUAGCGAAGAACAAUCCAGGAGAGUAGCGAAAUCUCCACAUUACACUCAAACAUCUCUUCACUGA